AUGAGAGAUGUUCCUAAUGUUUCCGUGAUCCACUUUGGCUCGGGAGGUCAAGGAUCUUGCCACUCCCCGCAUGUAUUGAUGCCGUUGACUGAUUCUUGGCCUUGUGAACUUGACUUUGUUCUUCGCUAUCAACUUUACAAGUUGGAGAAGACCCAAAGCCGACACAAGACGCCUGCUUUCCUCUAG